UCUGUUGUUAUAAAUACAUAGUCCGGUCCCGAUAAGUUUCCGCGCAACUCACUCUCCCUUAGUUUCUUUCCUACAUUCAUAGCUAAGAUUAACCCCAAUCAAGUUACAGCCUAAAAUCUCCCUCUCUCUCUCUCUCUCUCAAAGUCCCAGCCCCACUUUCUUUAUAAACAUGGCUGCUCUAUCCUUAACCAUCUCAUCAUCACUAGUUGGAUGCCAAAAGAGCUUUACCACACGCUCGGGGGGUAAAGCCUCGAAUUUUAAUAGUUCAAUGAAUAAACAUGGUCCCAUAUGCUCUAUGGAGAUAUCACACGAGAGCAAGAAAGAAUUCUAUUGUAAUUUUUCUGAUCGUCAGCUUCCGUUAGCAUUGUCGUCCGUAAAUAAUCAGAUGGUAGACCUAAAGGCCACAAGUUUUAGAGAUUUGAAGAGAAAAUUGAAGAAGGUGAUAAGUGGCAUCAGUGAUGAGGUUAAAAUUAUGGCCCUAAUUGACCACAUCCAACGGCUUGGCAUCGCCUACCACUUUGAGAUGGAAAUUGAAACGGCCCUUGGUGGCAUUUACAGAGGUUUUUCUGCACAUGGUUCUAAUGACAAUCUCUUGGUUGCUUCUCUAAAAUUUCGACUCCUUAGACAACAUGGAUAUAAUGUGUCAUCGAAUGUAUUUAACAAAUUCAAGGAUGGAAAUGGGAAUUUCAAACCCAGUUUGAGCGAAGAUGUUAUUGGUAUGUUGAACCUCUAUGAAGCUUCACACCUUCGAAUAGAAGGGGAAGAUAUCAUGGAUGAAGCUCUAGGAUUCUGUGUCGAGCAUCUCAGCACAUCAAUGCACCGCGUAGAACCUAAUAUCGCAAAAAUAGUGAGGCAUGCCCUCAAGCUUCCAUUACACUUCCGAACCCCUAGGUUAGAGACCAGGCAUUACAUUGAGGUUUACAAAGAAGAUCCUCAGAGGAACCAAGAUUUAUUGGAGUUCGCCCAAAGAGACUUCAAUAUGGUGCAAUCCUUGUAUAAGGGAGAGCUGAAAGAGGUUUCAAGGUGGUGGCGGGAGUUGGAUAUGGCAAAGGAGCUUGCAUUUGCUAGAGAUCAAAUACACCACUGGUUUAUGUGGCCUGUUGCAAUCGUCCCUGAGCCUCAGUAUUCAGAGUGCAGAGUUGAUAUGACCAAAGCCAUUUCCUUCAUCUACCUGAUAGACGAUAUCUACGACGUGUACGGAUCCAUGGAUGAACUAGAACUCUUUACCCAAGCAAUUACAAGGUGGGAUUUAAGCGAAAUCCAUGGUUUACCCAAGUACAUGAAGGUCUGCUAUUUAGCUUUACAUGAUGUCACACGAGAUAUUGCUCGAAAGAUACACAAGAAACAUGGAUUCGAUAUCACAGACUACUUAAGACAAGCGUGGACCUCAUUAUGCGAAGCCUAUUUAGUUGAAGCAAAAUGGUUCCGAUCUGGGCAAGUGCCAAGAGCAAAGGAGUACUUGAAAAAUGCAGUGACGAGUACAGGUGUGCAUGUUGCCUUGAUUCACAUGUAUUUCCUGAUGGGGCACAAAGUAACAAGGGAGACUGCUCAACUCAUAAGCAAUGGCCCUCAAUUCAUUCGCUGCCCAGCAACCAUUCUUCGGCUUUGGGAUGACUUGUCUACUUCAAUGGAGGAAAGAGAGAGAGGGGAUGAUGCCUCUUACAUAGAAUCAUACAUGAAGGAACAUGAAGAUGAAUCAGAAGAGAGUGCUCGAGAACACACUACAAAUCUCAUUAUAACAAUGUGGAAGAGACUAAUCCAUGAGAGUCUCAAACAAAACCCCUUUCCACAUUCCUUCACCAUCUCAGUGUUGAACAUCUCUAGAAUGGCCCAAGUGGUUUACCAAACUCAAGAGGAUUCGACCGUGAAGGAUCACAUUAAGUCAUUACUCCUGGAUCCCAUUUCCCUCUCGCUUCAAUCUUGUAAACCUAAAUGAAAACCUGUGUUUAUUUUUUUAAUUUUUAUUUUAUUUUAUUUUAGUGGGUGGGAAUGGAGGGUGAGACGUUAUAUUGUGACAUCCACCCUCUUAAGCAUUAUUACCCAACCUCAUUUUCUCAUAAAUUAAAAAGUACUUCGUCAUAA